GAGUGCGCAUCCAUUAGUACGUUGUUGUUCUGAAUCAUGUGUCGAAUAUACCUCUGAAAGACAAAUUACUAUGAGUGACUUCGAGUCCAUACAUCGCCUGGAAGGCAUCGAAGAGGAGGUGGGUGGUCUCAUCAAAAAGAAGUCUGUUCACGAGUUCAAAGCUCCCGUCCAGAGGAAGUCGGUCCUGGGCCUCGACGUUCUUGCGGCCGCCAAGAGGAAGCAAAAACUCGAAGAAGAAAGCGGCAAAAAAUCCCGCAAAGAUGGUGAUCGCAGUGAUGAGUCAGGUCGUGAGAUGUCGGAGUCGACGUUUAAUAGGCAGUACCGGAAACCACGUAUAGAGACUCCAACACACACCGGUGGAGUGGAUGCUAAAUACGCCGAACGUAUUCGUGACCAGCGCGAGCACCACAACCGGGGCGUUUACGCCUCAUCGAAGGACUCGAGAAAGCGUCCCGAAUCGCCGUCAUCUCGCGAUCGUGACAGAGAUCGGCGUGACGACAGGCGCGACUCCGGGCGCGACUCCGGGCGCACCUCAUCGCACCGUUCUCGCAGAGACUGGAGCGAAACGCCGUCUCGUUUUAAGGACCCUCCUACGCCCAACAUUCGACCGAAGGACACCCCGUCUCGUUCAAACUGGGAGGAAGACGAGGAAACGCCAUCGCGACGGUCCUCUUGGGACGUGCUCACGCCAUCGCCUCGCGAUGGCUCCGACCGGCGCAGCACCGAUAGAAGGUACCGACGUCCGACGGACACACCGCGCGCUACGCCAGCGCACAAGUACAACGCCUGGGCCGCCGACAGGCGCAAGACGUACGCUACGCCAGGCAGCAAGCACGCAAAAGACGAGAAGAUUCCGUGGAGCGAGGACGGCGAGCAGAAGGUCGAGUGGGAGGUGGAGCAACAGAGGCUAGACCGCGAGUGGUACAGCCUCGACGAAGGUUACGACGAGAUACACAACCCGUUCGCCAGCAUACCGCAGGAGUACACCAAGAAAAAGGAGGAGGCACUAGAGCAGAAGAAAAUCAAGAAGGUUUCAGCUCAGCAGAGGCAGAUUAACAAGGAUAAUGAAAAGUGGGAGACGAAUCGAAUGCUUACGAGUGGUGUGGUGCUCAAAGUUGAUGUAGACAACGACUUCGAGGAAGAGAACGAGGCAAGAGUUCAUGUCCUCGUGCACAACAUUGUGCCACCAUUUCUGGACGGACGCAUCGUAUUUACCAAGCAGCCCGAACCGGUGCUUCCCGUGAAAGACGCUACGUCUGACAUGGCCAUUGUAUCUCGUAAAGGCAGCGCUGUUGUUCGUUUUCACAGGGAACAAAAGGAGCGCAAGAAAGCUCAGAAGAAAGAGUGGGAGCUGGCUGGUACAAAACUGGGCAACAUCUUGGGCGUUGCGAAAAAGGACGAUGAACGUGACGACAAAGAAGAAGCUGAUUACAAAACUGAGCAGCGCUUUGCUGAUCACAUCAAGGAUGCUGACAGUCAGGGAACCAGCGAAUUUUCGCGGAAGAAGACAUUAAUGCAACAGAGACAGUAUUUGCCCGUGUUCGCAGCACGACAGGAGCUUUUGCGCAUCAUUAGGGAGAACAGCAUUGUAGUCAUUGUUGGUGAAACAGGCUCUGGAAAAACAACACAGCUAACCCAGUACCUUCAUGAAGAUGGGUAUAGUAAGUAUGGCAUGAUUGGCUGCACGCAACCCAGAAGAGUGGCAGCCAUGUCUGUAGCAAAGCGAGUGUCAGACGAAAUGGGCUGCAAGUUGGGUGAAGAAGUGGGUUAUGCAAUUCGAUUUGAAGACUGCACGUGUGAGAAAACAAUAAUUAAGUACAUGACUGAUGGUAUUCUGUUGAGGGAGUCCUUAAGAGAGCCAGACCUUGACCAGUACAGUGCUGUCAUUAUGGACGAAGCCCACGAAAGGUCUCUCAGCACUGAAGUGCUUUUUGGUUUGCUUCGUGAAGUGGUGGCGCGCAGGCAGGACUUGAAGCUUAUUGUUACAUCUGCAACCAUGGAUGCCACAAAGUUUGCUUCAUUCUUUGGAAGUGUACCUGUGUUCACCAUUCCCGGGAGAACUUUUCCUGUUGAUCUUUUCUUCAGCAAGAAUCCUGUUGAAGACUAUGUAGACGCUGCUGUAAAGCAAACACUUCAGAUUCACCUGCAGCCCGCAGUUGGAGACAUAUUGGUGUUCAUGCCUGGACAGGAAGACAUUGAAGUGACCUGCGAGCUUAUUGCAGAAAGGCUUGGUGAAAUAGAUAAUGCUCCCCCAUUGGCUAUUUUACCUAUUUAUUCCCAACUUCCUAGUGACCUUCAAGCAAAGAUUUUCCAGAAGGCUCCAGAUGGAGUAAGAAAGUGUGUAGUGGCAACAAACAUUGCUGAGACUUCACUGACAGUUGAUGGAAUCAGCUUUGUUGUUGACAGCGGCUAUUGCAAAUUGAAGGUCUACAACCCUCGUAUUGGUAUGGAUGCACUGCAGAUAUACCCUGUUAGCCAAGCGAAUGCAAACCAACGCUCUGGACGAGCCGGUCGUACAGGACCGGGGACAUGUUUCAGGUUAUACACAGACCACCAGUACAAGAAUGAGUUGCUUAAAACAACUGUGCCAGAGAUCCAAAGGACGAACCUUGCGAACGUCGUAUUACUUCUAAAGUCUUUAGGUGUGCAAGACCUACUUCAGUUUCACUUCAUGGAUCCACCACCUCAGGACAACAUAUUGAAUUCUAUGUAUCAGCUGUGGAUUCUGGGGGCCUUGGACAACGUUGGAACUUUGACCCCAUUGGGACGGCACAUGGUUGAAUUUCCCCUCGAUCCUCCACUUUCUAAAAUGGUCAUCGUUUCCUGCGAUAUGGGCUGCAGUGAGGAAAUUCUCACCAUAGUUUCAAUGCUCUCAGUGCCCAGCAUUUUCUACCGUCCAAAGGGACGGGAAGAAGACAGCGAUGCUGCGCGAGAAAAGUUUCAGGUACCCGAAAGUGACCACCUGACCUUCCUCAAUGUGUUCCUCCAGUGGAAGCUAAACCACUACUCAUCAUCGUGGUGUAAUGAGCACUUCAUUCACGUCAAGUCCAUGCGCAAAGUGCGUGAAGUGCGACAGCAGCUUAAGGACAUUAUGGGCCAGCAGAAGAUGAAGCUCGUCUCAUGCGGCACCGACUGGGACGUGGUCCGCAAGUGCAUCUGUUCUGCUUUCUUCCUCCAGGCGGCACGACUCAAGGGCAUAGGAGAGUACAUAAACUGUCGCACAGGCAUGCCUUGCCACCUCCAUCCCACUAGUGCCCUCUUUGGAAUGGGCUACACUCCAGACUAUGUCGUCUACCACGAACUCAUCAUGACCACGAAGGAGUACAUGCAGUGCGUCACUGCUGUGGACGGUCAUUGGCUGGCUGAACUUGGCCCCAUGUUUUACAGUGUGCGCGAGUCUGGCAGGUCACGGCAUAGGAUGCAGAGAGACCACCAGUCACAGAUGGAACAGGAAAUGGCUCUCGCUGAGCAGCAGCUCCGCCGUCGCAAGGAUGAGCAUGACGAGAAGCAGGCAGCUGCUUCAAUGCGUGCAGCACGUAUUGCGACACCUGGUUACCAGCCAGAAGGGGCCCCUGCUACACCCAGACGUACUCCAGCCAGGUUUGGACUUUAGGCAGUGUACGUGUUGACUCUACUAGCUUGUUCUGCCACAAGUUCAGUUAUACCUAGUAUUGUUUCUAACUUCUGCAGCCUAUAUGUGCUGUAGCAUGUUGUGAAUCGCAAGUGCUACAUUUAAGUCCAUUAGAUAUGCUUUGAGUUGGUACCGAACUGCCACAAGGACAAACCUAAGAAGCAGGUGGUAGUCUUCUGUACAUGCAAAACAAACUGACACACACAGAAUUGUACUUACUUUUUAACUGCAGACCACCUAGCUGUGAGAGGAUUUUCACAGCAAAUGUGUUUGAUACUGGUACCUGUUUAUUUCUGGAGGACACCUCGCAAUGAAAGAUAAAAAAAAAAGCACAGAUGGGCGGCCAUUAAAAGCUCACUUCUGGAAGCACGGGGAAUGGAAUGCAAACCUGCUUAGUUGUCGAAAGCUGCUGUGUCAGUGGGAAAGGGAUGUCUUGCCUUUUCAAGCCAUCGGAUGAUGCCAAAACGCUACAUCAACAUCCAACAGGCUCUAAAGUGCCCAGUGGAUCAUGGCAUUGACCUCAAAAAUGGUGUAUACUUAUUUCUUCUGUACCAUAAAUUACGUUAAAUAUCACUGUUAGGUAUAAUUGUACAACUGUCCUUGUUCGUAGCUUAGAUUACCUCCGACUUCCAUAGGACCUGUGCCUUCCAGUAGCACCUCAUGCCUUUGUAUAGCAGUAUCUGCCAUCAUUUGAUACUUGUUCAUUUCCAACAAUGUUUUAAGUUGCUGAACUAGCUGAUACCUUCAUUAGUGUUAAAUGAGUCCAGGCCAUCUACUCCUAAUGCCAGUUUGGACACGAUGCCUAGUAUGAGUGGUGCACAUGGUUGCAUACUAGUGAAAUUGGCAGUGUGGCUCUGCAUGCUAAUAUUGUAUUUACAAGAGCUGCUGAAGUAUGUUGUAAUUGCGACUUCACUUGUAUAUUCUCAAAUGUAAAUGUGAUCCUGAAUUAUUCAUUGUGCCACACAAGGGCACACAACUUGUAUAGUGCUGAAGGCAAAUAUAUGUAAUGCAAAUAAUCUGUACAUAAAAUAUAUACAACUCUGUUGUAUUUUGGCUUAUAUAAAUGUUAAAUAAUUUAGUGUGUUAUGUUAGAGUCCACGGAACUUGCAGUGUUGAAUUCAGAUAUUGUGUGGAAUCUAAGCAGUCUGUUCAUAUAAUGUCACCAAUUGUGUUGUCUCUAGGGCUUCUGUAAAAUCGUGAGUCAGUGUUUCUCUUUGCUAAUCAUGUGCUGCAUUGUGCAUAGAUUGUAGCAUAAUUAUGUGCCGUGCUCCACAGAAUAAAAUAAAAGCGAGUAAUUGGUUUCAAAUACAUGUGCAUUUAUUGUAAUCUUUAUUAAUAGCUUUGCUACAACAUGAUACCACACCAUAGAGCUGCACAUGAUCCAUUUUUCUCUGCCUGCCUGUUUGCAUAUGUCACGUAAGAAAUGUAAAACGAGUUAAAGCUAUGCAUGUCUAAUGUUAACCUUCACUCUAAGAACAGGUGCAUAAAGCUGGUUCAAUGAGGAAGUUUCAGUAGGUCGAAGUCGCGGGAAAUCAGUUCCUAUAUAAUGACCACUUCAUAUUACAGUUAAAGUGCGCAGGGCCACAAGUGCUAAGCCUAUUUACAAAGGUGGAAGUGCCUAAUAACCUUUGAUCCCAUCGUCACACUCGCACUCAUUCUUCUGUCACGUAAUCGAAUCGCUAGCAGUAUGGGACGCGUCUUUUGCCAUCUUAUGCAAUGACAUCACAUUUUUUCAUGCUCGUAUGCUUCUAAUACUCCCAUGUGAGGAACCUUUCUCGCACAUCGUACCUCCGCAGAGACAAAGGUGCAUACAAAAUGAUCACAUGGUGCGCAGCCCACGCAACGAGGCCACUCAGAUAUGCCUGCAAACAAACAAAAGUGUGUGCACUCCAACCCCAUUGCGAAGGCACAACACAUUGGUUUUUGCUUUGCUAUCACAAAUAGAGCUGGCACAUAUGAAAAUAAUGCAAGUCUCCUCUCUUUUUUUUUUUGUCAGCCUGUAGUGGCCACAUUGAAGUCACAAGCAGUAUGCUCAGCCACAGCAUCUUUCGUUUUGACAACCUGCUAACUGCUGGAAAAACAAC